AUGGGGGUGACAUGCAAGCCCUCUGACGACGACAUGCUCGAGGGUGAGCCUCGUCACGGACCCGAGAACGACGCGGACGAGCUCGACGGUGGGGUGCUCCAGGUGGAUUGGGAGCCAUAUGGUACCUAUUACCGUAUUGGCUCGGCGAUGACUGACCUCAACCCCAAGUGCUUGGAGGAGGCGGGUUUCUGGCGUAGGCGGUGCCCACUCAUAUGCUUGUGGCUUGUUGAAUACCACCAGCCGCACAGAGUGAUGAGAAAGUUCGGGUUGUAUCAGGAGUGCCCACCUGAGUGGCAAGACACAGACCACGCGCUCCAUAGGCUUGAUAGGCAGCGGCAGAGGAAGAUCACGAAUUGGCCUGUCCAUCAUAGGAUUCACGUGACAGCGUUCCAACACUGUUUGGAAGCGAUACGGAAUGGCGGACAUGUCGAGGUUGUCCCUAACGACUUGGCUGCUUUCAACAACUAUCUCCAAUGGUUUCAUCAAAACACGCGUAUCGAGUUAGUGAAUCACGCGUAUGAUGACGACAUCUUGGACGACCCCAUCGCGUUCGAUGAGGUUGCGCAAAGCCAGUACGACAGGACUGCUCGACAAGGGAGAUCGACUUCUAUUGCUUCCUCUCUGAACUUCGUGGUAAUGUAUUCUCUCAUUAGCUACUACAUCAUCUAUAUUGGCAUGUGCUCCCUCAAAUUGUGUAUAAUAUGUUUGUCACAGCGGUCCGAGAUCCAAAAAACAGCUGACGAGUGUGAGGUUGUUUGGGAUCAGAGCCAUAGAGAUGAAAAGCCUAUCGGACCGAUGCGGCAUUUCAUUAAGGUAUGGUCACCAACUUUGAAUGUAAGCUAUUGUGUUUGGCGGCUUUGUAACCAUGACUUCCAUGACGCAGAACACUGCACGGAAGUUGCGGCAAUUCCUGACGACACCAUUCUGAGUCAAAGUAUUACUCGAGGCAAGAAGCAAGCCACACGGUCUGCGUACCAGUUGAAGCCGAGGGGCAAUGCUCCAAACCGAUACACUCCGGAAGAUUAUGUCAACCGAGGAAAGAAGGCUGUGAUCGAGUCCGAUGAGGAGCCGCCGCGGAGAUCAGCUUUGAGGAGGAUGAGGAACGAUGAGCCGUCAUCUUCAGAGGAGCAGGAGCAGCAGGUGCAGCAGCAAGAAGAGCAACGGCAGCGGACGAAAAGGAAGGUCGUCCGGAAGCAACCCGUGAGGAGGGGACGUCGAUCUUAG